AUGGCUCCCACCGGUGUAGCCGCAUUCAACAUUGGAGGUUCAACUAUUCACCACGAACUCGCCAUCACAGCGGAUAAGAACCUUUCGUAUAAGAAGCUGGAGGCAGAACGGUGCAGACGUAUGCAGGUUGAUUUUAAAGGAACCAAGCUGAUCAUUAUUGACGAAUACAACAUGAUCGACAUAAAAAUGCUUGCAAACAUCGAUCUCCGAGUAAGAGACAUUUUUUCAACAAACGAACAUUUUGGAAAUAUUUCUGUUGUGCUCGUCGGUGAUAUGAGACAACUUCCAUUUGUUUUUUAUACACCAUUAUAUGCUGAAGGUGGAGGAGAAUUACAACUGAUAGGUACUCUCUCUUAUUUUGUGUUUAAACAAUGUGUUCCCCUUGAACAAGUUUUCCGACAGUCUGGGGUUGAGGUGUCUGAAUAUAGAGAAGCGUUGUCGAGAUUAGCAACUCCGCUCUUGAAGAUUGGAAACUCUAAGGAAGCAAAUUCUGAUGAGGCGAAAGUGUUAGAAGACGUUUUGUUGUUGUCAAAGCAAUUAAGGGUUAUGUUGAGUAAGAAUGAUUCCACUCAGUUUGGUUUGGUGAAUGGUUCAACAGGAACUGUCAAGGACAUUAUAUAUGAUAAUGAAGAGAAAUCGCCAACAUGUAUGCCUAUUGCUGUUAGACUUCGACAAGUAUAUCGGUCCAAGGGUGCAUGA